CCGCGCGCCGCCGACUGCUUCGGGACGUGUUUCAACAGAUGGUCGAGGUUAGAGAGUGUCAUCACAUCGGAGAGAGGAUUAGAGGAGAGAGGUCGUCUUCCAGGAGCUGUGUGGUCCCACCACCGCCACCUCCCUCCACUUUUUAACCUGAAAUCCCGACUCCAAACCCCUCUAUGAGCGCAGAAAGCAGAGAACUCGGAGGAAUCCUCGCCUUCCCUCCUCACCCAGCCUGCACUCCUGCCUACCAGUCCACUACGGCUGUGAGAGCUGCACGAAUUUGAGUGAGUGGCCUGGCAGGACCUAUUAUCCCUCUAUUCAUCUCUUCAUUAAUCCUCCCACAUACCCGUCCCAUCUCCUCAGCACCAUGCUGAUGCAGUGGCUGUCCUGGAUGGCCCUGCUGUCUCUGGACUGGUCUCCAGGCUCGUUGACUUUCACCACCACAAGGGCUCAGAGCCUGAGGGGUCGCAUCCAGAGAGACCGCAGGAACAUCCGCCCCAACAUCAUCCUUGUGAUGACAGACGACCAGGAUGUUGAGCUGGGUUCUCUACAGGUAAUGAAUAAAACGCGCAAGAUCAUGGAAGAUGGAGGAACCACUUUCACCAAUGCCUUUGUUACUACACCCAUGUGUUGCCCGUCACGGUCCUCAAUGUUGACGGGCAAAUACGUCCACAACCACAACACUUAUACCAACAAUGAGAACUGCUCCUCUCCUUCCUGGCAAGCCCAGCAUGAGCCACGCUCCUUUGCCGUCUACCUCAACAACACCGGGUAUAGGACAGCAUUCUUUGGCAAAUACCUCAACGAGUAUAAUGGAAGUUACGUUCCGCCUGGGUGGCGUGAAUGGGUUGGAUUGAUCAAAAAUUCCCGCUUCUAUAAUUACACUGUCUGUCGGAACGGUUACAAGGAGAAACACGGAGCAGACUAUGCCAAGGACUAUUUCACUGAUCUGAUCACCAACGACAGCAUCAACUUUUUUCGCAUGUCCAAGAGGAUGUAUCCGCAUCGUCCGGUAAUGAUGGUCAUCAGUCACGCUGCCCCUCAUGGCCCGGAGGACUCAGCGCCGCAGUAUGCAGAGCUUUUCCCCAAUGCUUCACAGCACAUCACCCCCAGCUACAACUAUGCCCCAAAUAUGGACAAACACUGGAUCAUGCAGUACACAGGCCCCAUGAAGCCCAUCCACAUGGAGUUUACCAACUUUCUCCAUCGGAAGAGGCUCCAGACACUCAUGUCGGUGGAUGACUCUGUACAGAAAAUUUUCAAUAUGCUAGAGGAAACGGGUGAGCUGGACAAUACUUACAUCAUCUAUACAGCAGACCAUGGCUAUCACAUCGGUCAGUUUGGGUUGGUCAAGGGCAAGUCAAUGCCUUAUGACUUUGACAUCCGUGUUCCUUUCUUCUUGAGAGGUCCUAAUGUGGAGCCAGGGGCAGUAAACCCACACCUGGUGCUGAACAUUGACCUCGCUCCCACAAUCCUCCACAUUGCCGGACUGGACACACCUCCAGACAUGGAUGGAAAGUCCAUCCUUAAGCUGCUGGAGCAGGAAAGGACUGGCAAUAGAUUCAAACCCAACCGGAAACCCAAAGUCUGGAGAGACACAUUCCUGGUGGAAAGAGGAAAGAUCCUCAGGAAGAAGGAUGACUCUGUGAACACACAACACACUAACAGCUUGCCCAAGUACAAAAAGGUCAAAGAGACGUGCCAGCAGGCUGAAUUCCAGACGCCGUGUGAGCAGCCCGGGCAGAAAUGGCACUGUGUGGAAGAGAUCACAGGAAAGUGGAGGAUACAAAAGUGUAAAGGUGGUGGAUCAAAAGAAGGUUCCAGGAAGAGGGCACGCAGUCUGAAACCGCAUGGUGACUAUGACAACAGAGAGAGGGGCUGUGACUGUGGGGACAAUCUGUACAAAACCUCCAGGGUGGACCGCCGUGCCCAUCGCCAGUUCCCGCUACCAUCUGGCCAGCGUUUUCGCCCACGUUUUGUACACAUGCGGCCUGCCAGAUCUCUGGCUGUGGAGUUUGAAGGUCAGAUAUAUGACAUCGAUCUUCAAGCAGAUGAUCAGUCAGCUGUACGGCGCAUCACAAAGCGCCACUACAGCACCGAGGACCCAGAGUUUGACUUGGGGUCAGAUGAUGGCUCAGAGGAAAUGCUGGCAGAUGGCACAAAUGCUGUGGGAUACCCGAACUCUGUGAAAGUUACCCACAAGUGUUAUAUCUUGAUAAAUGACACAGUCUACUGUGAGAGAGAAAUCUAUCAGUCAUCCAGAGCCUGGAAGGACCAUAAGAGCUAUGUGGACCAGGAGAUUGAAGCGCUCCAAGACAAAAUCAAAAACCUGCGCGAAGUACGAGGCCACCUGAAGCGGACACGGCCAGACGAGUGUGACUGUGGAAAGAAGAGCUAUUAUAGCAAAGGAGACAGAAACAAAGCAGACAGACUGAAGAGCAGGAACGACCAACUCCACCCUUUUAAGGAGUCUGCACAGGAAAUAGACGGGAGAGUCCAGCUUUACAAUGAGAUCCGGAGGAGGAAGAAGGAAAGGAAGGAGAAGAAGAGGCAGAGGAAAGGAGACGACUGCAGCCUGCCUGGACUCACGUGUUUCACACACAACAACGAUCACUGGCAAACUGCCCCCUUCUGGACAUUGGGGGGAUUCUGUGCGUGCACCAGCUCCAACAACAACACCUACUGGUGUCUGAGAACCAUCAACGAGACCCACAACACUCUGUUCUGCGAGUUCUCCACUGGUUUCCUGGAGUACUUUGACCUCAACAGUGACCCCUACCAGCUGACCAACGCAGUGUAUGCAGUGGACCGGGAGGUGCUGAACUCACUGCAUGCACAGCUGAUGGAGAUGAGGAGUUGUCAAGGUUACAAGCAGUGCAAUCCUCGACCAAAAGGCUUGGACACAGCACACAGCCGAUAUGGGACGGACGACAGGGUUAAGCUGCCGAACCUGACGGAGGAGGUGGUGAACUGGCAGGGCCUGGAGGAUCUGUACAGCCUAAACGAAAGCCUUUAUGAAUGUAGGCCUGACUUCAGCCCCAGUCCAGAUAACUGGGCCAACUUCUGGAAGGAUGUAGAUAACAUGUUUGCACUGCAACACAUUUUUAACAAAUUCAACCAAACUCACAAGCCCAACGACUCCACCCUGCCAGAGCUGGGCUCCGGGGCCGGGGGUGGAGGUCUACAUGAGGGCAGCGGAGAAGAGUUGGGCUCAGCCACAGACCUCUGGCCUGGCCUGGUGACAGAGGAGCGCCUAACCACCCCCGCCCCCAGCACAGCAGCAUCGGGACCAGCCUCAACUGGACACCCACUGGAACGCAAACUGGAAUAUGUUGUUAAUGACCUUCCGGAGAGGCGGCUCGACCAACCUGGUGCAUCGCCAGUGAUGGCAGUGGGUCCAAACGAAGACGAGGCUUAUGUCCACAGUGACACACAGGCCAAACAACUGGAGGAGAUGGACGGAGAGGCAGACUUGUUCAGUGGAAAUGGACUGACAGAACUGGAGACACGACACAACAGCCUGCUGCGCACUCACAACAGCCUGCAGGCCCGGUUGGAGCCCGGCCUGCAACGCGGCAUGGGAGGCGGCUCAGAGCAGGGAGGCAGGCUCAGCUUAGACCCUGAGGAUGAAGAGGACAUUUUCCAGGCCCAAGGCUACAUCCCUUUCUCACCACAGAUACUCAGGCCCAACGGGCAAACCAGUACCCCCAUAAGCCCCCCCACAACACAGACCAGCGCCCCACAGAGUGUCAGGGUGGUGCUGCCGCUCACUUUGGACUACGACGGCAGUGGGUCUCAACGCUCCAGUCAGACGCUCUGA